ACAGUAAAUCAACUGCUGCGAACAUUUGAUAUGCAACAUUUGCCAUGUGGUGUUGAUUUUGUGGAGGAGGGGGAGCAUAAACAGGCAGUGUUUCCGCAGAAGGAUAAGAGACGAUGUGAACCUGCAGAACAAAAAGUUCCACAUCAGCAGUAACCUCAGGCUGAACUUCUACAAUGGAAACAUCUGAGUAAUAUAAUCGUAUAAAAGCACCGGUGUAGUACACACUGCAAGUCUCAUGUUUCAGAAGUUAACAACUCGGUGAGUGAAAUUUUGUUUGCAGCAAAGUUGACAGAAAUAACGGCUUCACACUUUGGCACAAAUGCAGAAAACUAAACAGCCUCUUACCGCUCUGUUAGACUUGUCCUGAUCUGCCAAUGCAUCUGCAGAAAAGUGCCAAACAUCUUCUGGUUUUAACUAAUCAUCAUCGCCCCCUCGGAGCUGUUGUUUCUGGCCUGCGGUGGGGAGGUCAUCCAAUUCAAGAAGCUUUCAGACUGAUAAAUUAAAGCUACCGUAGGCCCGAGGAAGGCGCUGCUGCUGCUGCAAUGUGGGAACGAUUAGCCUGCUGGGAAAAUAAACUACGGCAUUUACUCAAUAUCUGUCCAGCUUUGGUUCUCAGCUGCAACCUGCAGCUCCACGUAAGAAUAGGAUUAUGUGGUUAUUGGUUACCACUGCUCCAGAGUGCAGCCCCUAUGUAAACAUUAAAUAUUCCUCUUCUGCAGCAGAUAUAAGCUUUUCAUUAUUGUUUUUAUCCUUAUGAAGGAGGAACAAAAAUGUAAUUAAAAUCUGAAGACAAGUACAACUAACUUCUAUAUAUUUAAAGUGUGUUUUGAUAUAUUUGAUUUUAUACUGAUAAUAUAUUUUAUAAAUAUAUAACUUUGUAUUUAUAUAAACAGAUUAAAGGUUUUACACAACUCAUCAAAAACUCUCAUCUAAAUCUUAAACCCUAAUUUUAACAUAAUUUUACUGCUCACAUUAAGAAUAAUAAUAAUUGAUAAGAAUCCCCACUGUUUAAAUACAACUGCAUUCGAUGAUAGCCAUUUUUUAAACUUAUUUAUGUAUCUAUUAGAAAUAAAACUGAAUAUAAAAAUAUAUCUAUGUAUAAAAGACACAAUUCCCAAAGUCCAAUAACUCCAUCCAUCCUCUUGAUAUUAAAACAUAGUCUUUAUUUUAGUACAUGGUUUAAAGCAGGGUUUAAUGAAAGAAACUUUAAAAUAUCUGUAAUAAAAACGGCCUCAAUGCAGAAAUCUUUAUUCAAAGGAAAAGUUAGAACGGUAACAUAAACAUCACCCUUUCAGAAAACUGGCAGCGAAAAGAACCAAUCCAGUGUCCGUCCGUGUUUUGUAACAGCCAAUCAGCGUCCUGGAUUCACUGUAUGCGGAAGUUGCAACGUUUCACACUGCUCAGUUCAACUUGAAGCUUUCCGCGUUGAAAAAUGUCCCAAUAACUAUCACUAAAACUAUCAGAGCAGAUUUUAUUAGUGCCGUUUUCUGGUAUAAAUACAAUUAACAUUGCUAGCUGUUACAAAGUUACAGCUUAAUGACAGUAUUAUUCACGUGUUAGCCUCAUGGCUCACUCCUCGACCGUAUGUAGGAUGUUAUUUAAUGUCAGAUUCGAGCAGCUAAGGUGAAGCUAGGCGACCACUGAAAGGGGCGCUGAUAGUGGGGGCUUGUAGCAGCGGGGCGGGGGGUUAGGGAUGGAGCCGAAUCCCGCAAAGCGGCUCCGGACGGCGGAGGAAGAGGGAGGAGAAGUGAGAGAAAGCGGAGGAGGAGAGCAGACAGAGGCGGAGAGGAGGAAGACGGCGGAUGUGAGCAUCAUCAUGCCGGUGCACAACGCAUCAUGUUGGCUGGAGGAGUGUCUGCAGGCCAUAGUGCACCAAGACUUCACCGGCUCCAUGGAGCUCUCCGUGUUUGAUGAUGCAAGCACGGAUGACUCCAGGAAAGUGUUGGAGGGCUGGAGGGAGAGGAUGGAGGAUCGGGGAAUCUCAGUGGUGAUCUCAGGUCACAGUUCUUCCCAACCCAGAGGAGUGGGAUUUGCAAAGAACAAGGCAGUGACUCAGAGUAGUGGACGGUACUUGUGCUUUCAGGAUGCGGAUGACAUCAUGUUGCCCCAGAGAGUCCGUUUGCAGUAUGAAACAUCUAUCCUCCAUCCAAACUCUCUGAUUGGCUGCGGGGUCCAGCGGCUGCCGGAGGGAUCUACGGAGCGCUACGCCCGCUGGAUCAACUCACUGACUCGGGAUCAGCUCCUCACUCAGGCAUACACCUCGCAUGGGCCCACGGUCGUCAUGCCAACAUGGUUCUGCUCAAGGAAAUUGUUCAUGAAAGUCGGAUUGUUUGAUGAAGGAGGCAAGGGAGUCCCAGAGGAUCUGCUCUUCUUCUACCAGUUCCUUCGUCAGGGAGGCUCUCCGCUCAGGCUGGACCAGCGCCUGCUGGUUUAUCGGUACCACGAGGCGGCUGCGACUCAUUCUGUGACCGAGGAGACUAUCUGGAAGCUGCGCGUCGACUUUCUGCAGGAGAGAGUCCUGAGCCAGUGGGAAAACUUCACCAUCUGGAACGCCGGGAAGCAGGGGAGGAAGCUCUACCGAAGCCUGAGCCUGAUCAAUCAGAAGAAGGUCAAAGCGUUCUGCGACGUGGAUGAAAACAAAAUUCAGAAGCGUUUCUACACAUAUGAGGAGUCCAAGGAGAGACCAAAGCCUACGGUCCCCGUCCUGCACUACAAAGAGGCCACGGGCCCCUUCAUUAUCUGCGUUAAACUGGACAUGACAGGAGGAGUCCUGGAGGAAAACCUCAACGCUUUGCAGCUGAGGGAAGGAACGGAUUACUAUCAUUUCAACUGACGGCUCAACGUGCUGCAGGAGACCACAGGAGCCCCGCAGGUUAAACAGACAGAGGAAUGCAGAAGACUGAUUUAUGAAAACAUAAACACAAACUCAGAAGAUGGGGUGUUUAUAACGGGGAGGUGAAGCGAAAGCAGCAGCACAGGAUUGGAGGACAAAAACAAGAGGAAUGGAGAAGUUUAUGUUGUGUAAUAAAAAGGGCCUCUCGCUGCGUAAAAAGGUAAAGAAUUUCGAGUCCUGAUAGUUUAACUUGGCGAGGUUAACAGGUCUGGUUCUCUGCUUCUCUCUCUUUUUCCACCGUUUCAAAUUCGUUACUUUUGGCUCUUUCUGUGGAGGUUUUACAGUAAAUUCCUCGUUUUAGGGAAACAUGCUUUAACGUUUUGUCUUUCCUGGUUAAGCGGAAUCAGAGUGAAACUGCGAAAGCGAAACAGGUUUCAUAAGAUAUAUGAAGUGAUAAAGCGUGAAACCGCCCAGGAACCAAGCAACCCCUGUGGAAAACUUACUCAGGUUGUUGAUCGUGUAGAAAAGGUUGAUUUAUUAUUUCUAAAAGUUCAUGAAAGUGACUACAGGUGCAUCUCAAUGACUAAGAACUUCAUCACAAAGUUUAUUUCUCUAACUUAGUUCAACUAGAUUUGUUAUAUACUUUGUGGCAGAUGAAACAUCACUGACUGACUGUGGAAACGUCACACUGGACGUCCACCAACGUGGCUCUGUGCCUCUCCACUCUUCCUCCAGACUUUGUGACCUUGAUUUCCAAAUAAAAUGCAAACUUUACUCUGAACACCUGAGCAGCAGGUUUCUCUUUAAACCAGACGAGAUUCUUCUGAUGUUUCUCAUUUAAAGGUGAUUUACCACAAGGAAUGACGCUCAGUAUUCAUAUUCUUUUCAGGCCACUUUUUCCUCCCACUGAACUUUCCAUUAAUAUGCAGCAUCAUUAGAAAUGGACUUCAGUGACUUAACCUUUUCUAGUGCAUCUUGGACAACAGUCAAGUCAGCAGUCAUGGCAAUAGCAUUACUUUUAUGUUAGAUUAUAAUUUUCUGUUGAAUUAAAAUCUGGGUUUGUAUUGAAAUUCAUCGCUCUGUUUUUAAUUACUUUUCAUAAUUUUUUUUGGAUUGAAUUAUGUAAGUAAGUGGAUUUUAUGAUGAAAUUCUAAUUUAUUCAGAUUCACCUGUAAAAAUAUAUAUAUAUUUUGUCCAAGAGGACAAAUAUUUUGGGUCAGUUUUCCUCUUAAUGUGUGUCUUUUCAGAGGUAGCACUAUUAGCUGUCUUGUUUGAUAACCUCAGCGUCAUUAACGACCAUUUAAAAAUCUGGAAACUGUUUUCAUGUUCCUAACGCCCAGUUUGGACUUUGCGAGUGAAAUACUGAAGCCCAACACAUGUUCUAAAGGAAGUCUCAUCACACAAUGUGCAGCUUCUUAGGGGUGGGAUGUUUUUAUGACCGGAUUUCGAAACAAGUCCUUUGUCUGAUGCAACCGUGUAAAAUCAGAUCCACUCAUACACAUCUGCUCCAAAUGAACAAAGAUGGACUUUUGCUCAACUCUGCUUUUCUUUCUCUGCCUCUCUUAUGAAAUCUAAAGAACAAUAACCUUUUUAAGAGGGCACAGUUGUCAUACAUAAACACAAAAAGUGGUUUGUUUUGCCCCACA